UCGAAAUUUGAAAAGCACCAAAUUUCAAAGUUUUCAAAAUUCACUCUUGUUUAAUGCCGAAAAACCCUUCUUCUUCCAGGGUUUUACCGAAGAACAAAUCCUCGAAAUUGGGCGUCAAUGGAGCUCGAAAGAAGAAACCAGCGAGGAGGUCCCAUUCAAUGGCGGAAAAGAAAAUCGAAGUGAUUGAGAUAGACGACUCUUACCCUUCUCCCGAUCGAAAGGUCACGCCUUUGAGACCCGUUUACUGUCUGCGGAACAGGGACCAGAUAAAGAUGGCCGAGGCAAACGAGGAGUGUUUCAUCCUCGAGUUCGAUCCGUACGAUGAUAUGCAGAGGUUGAGGUCUCCAUUGAUGGAUGACUGUGAUGAUGCCGAGGUCGAUUUGCAGGUGGUUGCUGAAAAGGGGCAGGUAGCAUGCCGAGAUUAUCCUCAUCCACGGCACACAUGCGCAAAAUAUCCUUUCCAGAAGACUCCUCAUGACAGUCACUGUGAAUUGUGUUUCUGUUUUGUUUGCGAUUUAUCUGCCCCAUGUUCGAAGUGGGUCGGGUCUACUGGCCAUUGCCAUGCGUUUAACAAUGAGGCUUGGGACCAAGAAAAGAAAGCCAGGAAAAAAGGAAUGAAAGAGUGUACAAAAAUGUUAUGAAAAAAGAAGACGAGCAAUUGGGACCAUACCAACGACAUAUUAUUCCUCGCUAGAUCGGGCAUUUCUUUUGUUGAUGCAUUAAUUAUAAAUUUUAAUUUGGCCUGACCUUUGUUCUUUCGCUAAGUCGUGAGAUUAAAGAACCGUGAAGGGUUUUUUGCGCUAGGGAUCCGGGAUCAUGCCCUAAUAGUAUCUAUCCCGAUUGUUUUACUUGGAAUUGUAGUUUGUAUAAAUUUAUUUUUCCGAAAGAUGUAUGUGGAGAAAAUUCAUUGAGCUAAAAAAAAAAAAUCUUCUUUUUGUG